AUGAACAGUCUCCAAAACCUUGCAUCUCAAAGACUCCCUUUAUAUCUUCCCUGGUCCAAGCCUAAUAUUGAGAUUGGAUCGGGCUUCAAUUCAGCUGCUAUUGCAUCUGACAGUCUGCCCUGGGCAUCGAAAUGCCCAUUCAUAAUUGAUGACGCGAAAUGCGUUGUAGAAAUUGAUGGUGGAGUUUCAAGCUACCGAGAAGGGAACAGUUCUUCGUCGGCGCAGCAUUCAGAGCAUCUCAGUGCUAGUCUUGGAGUGACUGUGGGUUGCAAGUUCCUCAGCGCCAGCGUCACUGGCUCGUAUGAUAAAUCGGUAUCGGACAACUUUGCUGGAACACGAGUCUCCAAAAAUAUCAGUAUUCAAGCCGGGCAUGUCCGCUUCCAAGCUGAUCCGGUACUGACACCUUUUGCACGAAACGUCUUGUGCAGAUCGGAGAACGAAUUUCGCAGCAUUUUUGGGGACUAUUACGUUGUUGGGUACCAGAUUGGAGCUGAAGCGGGAGGCUGUGUGACUAUCACUCACUCGGAUCAGUCCGAAGAAAAGCGAGUGCAAGUCCAGGCCACUGCCAAGGUACUCUGGAUGAAGAAGACUAUCAGCACUACAACAUCAUCAAAAAUGGUAUCUUCAGACGACUCCAUAUCAUUCAACAGCUACGAUACCCUGCGGCAGCACAAUGAUGAGGUAAAGGAAACCCAUCUACUAGAGGAGAUCCAUCAGAAGUCAAAUGAGUGUAUGGAUCGAAUCGACAAUCUGCAUGCGACAGUCGAAAAAACAAUAAUGGACCUGGGUUUGGGCACGAAUGAUGGCGCAUCCGUUAAGGAGUGUGUGCGAUUGUGUGAUUCUGGCGUGGUUGUUCAGCUGAUACUAGCUCCUUACUCUAAGCUUGCAGAAUAUGUAGCCCUGACUAGUAGUCGCAGCUCGGAUAUCUAA